AUGAUAGAUAAUUGUUUAUCUUCUUGUUAAAUAACUUAUAAUGGACUCACUAUAUUAGAUUAUGCCAAGAGUGCAAUAGAAUAUUUUGUAAAAAAGAGAACAAAGAAUCCAGAAAACAAGUAUGAUCAAUACCAUCUUUUUUCGUCAAAGUAAUUUUUUGUUCCUUACAUAUUGUGUAUAGUUCUUCAAUCUCAACAUGGACAAAUGACGUAUGCCAUUUUUUACAAAAACUCAAAACCAUUCAACCAUAGUUCGAAACUAACUUCAAUUUGGAUGAGUGUUUCCACAAUUUAAACAAAUUUAGAACUUUAAAUGGUUAUUUAUAUAUAUAAUUAAAAAAAAGGCACUGACAAUCUUUAUGGAGGAAGGGAUGUCUUAAAAAUUGAAUCAGCUACCAUAUUUGUAUUUACCAACCGAGAAUACAUGGGAUCUGCUUUCCAUUAAUUGGUGAGAUGGGACUAUAGACUCCUUGUUUUUUUGUUACAACCUCCUGGAAUUGAAGAAACCAAUGCCAUACCCAUUUCAACCAAUUGGCAUCACCUUGCUGCUUCUGUAGGUUAAGGAGUGUGUUUCGAAAUUCAAGAUUAUAAUGUUUUAUUCUAAAUCUUAGAUGAUCCAAAAUUAACUCCUCCUUAAAUAUCUCUUCAAUUAAAUCUUUUAGAUUAAUAAUAUAAACUUGAUGAAAUUCUAUCGAAUAUUGAAAAAACUAAGAUUGAUUAACAAUCUAGUCAGCCUUCUUAUUUGGUUAGAUCUACUUAAAAGCCAAAUUAAUCUUUUGCUUCAGUUCGUUUAAAAUGUCAACCAAAUAUGACAAUAUUCACAAAAGUAUAUUUGCCAGAACAAUUUCCCUUUUCAGAUUUCAAUGUAUAAUUAUGAAUCUAACAAAUAGAAUUAUCCAGCUUACCCUGAGUAUUUUGUUGAUUUCAAUGUAUCAUUUUAAGCAAAAUUGCCCUAACAAUUGCCGUAUCAAGAAAUAUUCAUAGAGAAUACUUCCUUGUUGAAAUUCGUGCAAGGGAUUUCUACAACAAAAAGCAAAAUGUUGUAAUUCCCAAUCUAUUACUUUGAAAGAAGGGAUGAAUAACAAGUUUAAUAUUUAAUAGGAUUGUUUUUGUUUUAAUAAAAUGCAACAACCAUGGAACUGCGAUUGUAUUAUUUCUAUUAUUAAUUAAGUUAUUUUCCUAAUUUUUUAAAUUACUAUGAACUAUUAAUGCAGUGUGGUAAUUCAACAGAUGAAACAAGAAGAUUUGCUGAAUAGAAAUUUUUGCAAUAUCUUUCUACAAUUCCCAAUUAUUAUGCUCCAUGCAUUAGAAAGAAUCAAAAUGAAUUAAACAUCUAAGUAAAUUAAGUUAAAUAUUGUAUUAGAUUCAAAGACAAUUAAUAUUUUUGAUAGAUGAAUAAAAUCAAUAAUUGUAUAUGUAGAGAGUAAAGGCUCAUUAAGCAAAAGUUUAAAAGAUAAAAAAAUAAGUGGAUGAUGAAAAUUAUAAGAAUAGACAAUUACAUAUAUCAAGGAAAAGUCAAUGUUGUGCUGCAUUCAGCGAAAAUUAUUAAGUGAAAUUUCAAGAUUAAAUUAAUUGUGAAUUCAGACAAGUAACUUAAUUCUAAAAGGAUGUCAAUUUUCAAAGGUUUCUUCCUCAAUUAGAGGUUCAAUCAUGUUUGCCAUAGAUGCCCAUAAUAUAGCCAACCCUUAGAAAUAUGUAUUUGGAUUCGGAUGAACUGGAGAUUAGAUUAGAACCUCAAUUUUGCGGAAACCCAUGGAAAUUACAAAGAAAAACAUAUAGGGAUGGAGUAGAAAUAAAGGUUUAUUAUUAUAACUAAAAAUAGAAUGAAUAAGAAGAAUUAUAAUUAGAAGAUAUGAUGCUAACGAAAAUGGAUUCUGAAAAGAAAUCAUAAACAAAAAAUAGGAGGAAAGGAUUUAUGAGGUUAAAGGACAUUCAAAAUUGUAAUCAUAAAUAAGUUAUAAUUGAAUAAUAAGAAAUGGAAAUUGAAGAAAAUAAAACUGAAUCAUAAUCGUAAUCCAAAUCCAAAUAUGGUUCUGUCAAAUUCAAUCCUCAUUUUUAAGUAAUUAUUUCUUUCAUAUAGGCUAAAUUUAAAUUGAUUAUCUAAACAAAAUUGAAUAAUUCUGUAUCCACAAACAAUUGA